CGCGGAGGCCGCAGAGGCGGAGGCCGAGGCCGAGGCGCAGGGGGGCGCGCCCCGGGCCCAGGCCCGGCCCCAGCUGCCGCUGCGGAGCCCGCCGGGAAGCCCCGGAGCGCGGCCACAGCGCAGCUGCUGCCAUGGCGCAGACCCUGCAGAUGGAGAUUCCAAACUUUGGCAACAGCAUCCUUGAGUGCCUCAAUGAGCAGCGGCUACAGGGACUAUACUGUGAUGUAUCAGUGGUGGUGAAGGGCCAUGCCUUUAAAGCCCACCGUGCUGUGCUGGCCGCCAGCAGCUCCUACUUCCGGGACUUAUUCAACAGCAGCCGCAGUGCUGUGGUAGAACUGCCGGCCGCUGUGCAGCCACAGUCAUUCCAGCAGAUCCUUACAUUUUGCUAUACAGGCCGGCUGAGCAUGAACAUGGGGGACCAGUUCCUGCUCAUCUAUACAGCUGGCUUCCUGCAGAUCCAGGAGAUCAUGGAGAAAGGCACUGAGUUCUUCCUCAAAGUUAGCUCUCCAAGCUGUGACUCCCAGGGCCUGCAUCCAGAGGAGGCCCCAUCCUCAGAGCCUCAGAGUCCCGUAGCGCAGACAUUGGGCUGGCCGGCCUGUAGCACGCCACUGCCCCUCGUGUCACGAGUUAAGACAGAACAGGAGUUGGACUCUGUGCAAUGCACACCCAUGGCCAAGAGGCUGUGGGAUAGCAGCCAGAAGGAAGCUGGAGGCAGUGGUGGCAGCAAUGGCAGCCGCAAGAUGGCGAAGUUCUCCACGCCAGACCUGGCCCCUAACCGGAUGCCCCAGCCUGUCUCAGUGGCCACAGCUACAGCAGCAGUGGCUGUGGUUGCAGUGGGGGGAUGUGUGAGUGGGCCCAGCAUGUCAGAGCGGACCAGCCCAGGCACCUCCAGUGCUUACACUAGUGACAGCCCUGGCUCCUACCACAAUGAAGGAGACGAGGAAGAAGAUGCGGGUGAGGAGGGCACAGAUGAGCAGUACCGUCAGAUCUGCAAUAUGUACACCAUGUACAGUAUGUUGAACGUUGGCCAGACAGCUGAGAAGGUAGAGGCCCUCCCUGAGCAGGUGGUCCUCGAGUCCCGCAGUCGCAUUCGAGUGCGGCAAGACCUGGCCUCUCUCCCAGCUGAACUUAUCAACCAGAUCGGCAAUCGCUGCCACCCAAAGCUCUACGAUGAAGGUGACCCGUCAGAGAAGCUGGAGCUCGUGACAGGCACCAAUGUAUACAUCACAAGGGCACAGCUCAUGAACUGCCACGUCAGUGCAGGCACGCGGCACAAGGUCUUGCUGCGGCGGCUCCUGGCUUCCUUCUUUGACCGGAACACACUGGCCAAUAGCUGUGGCACUGGCAUCCGUUCUUCCACCAAUGACCCUAGGCGCAAGCCACUGGACAGUCGCGUCCUCCAUGCUGUCAAGUACUACUGCCAGAACUUCGCCCCCAACUUCAAGGAGAGUGAGAUGAAUGCCAUUGCAGCCGACAUGUGCACCAAUGCCCGCCGAGUAGUACGUAAAAGCUGGCUGCCCAAGACCAAGCCGCUGCACCUGGUGGAGGGUGAUAGCUACAGCAGCUUCAUCAGCGACACUGGCAAGAUAGAACCGGACAUGAUGAGCAUGGAACACAGCUUCGAGACAGCCAGCCAUGAUGGUGAGGCUGGCCCUUCAGCUGAGGUUCUCCAGUAACAUAUGUGACACCCCUUUCACAGGAUGUCACACUCCCCCUCCUGUCACACACCCCCCACCUACCACCUGGUCACGAUCUACUGUUUGUCCCUCCCCAGGACCUGAGAGGGGGUGCUCCGUGCCCUCUAUCCGGAUGCAAGAGCUGGCUGACCAAGGCCAAGCCACUGUACCUAGCAGAGGGCAACGCCUACAGCAGCUUUCUCAGUGACAGUGAGAAAGAGCAGAACAUGGCAGAACAUAGAAUACAGCUUCCAGACAGACAGCCCCCUCAGCGGAGGUCCUCCAGUAACUGCCCAGGACCCUCCCAUGGAUGUCACACUCCCCCUCCUGUCACAUACAUACCCUUACCACCUUAGUCACGAGCUACUGUCUGUCCCUCCCCAGAACCUGCAGAGGGUGCUGCAUGCUCCCAGCCCCUCUGCCUCCCUGCCAUCCCACACCUUUUCCCCAAAGCAAGCUGGGCUGGGUCAGGAGAGGACAGGCAUCAGGUGGGAUCUGUGACCUUCCUCAACACUCAUGGGGAGCCCUGGUCCCCUUCCUCUUAGGCAUUUCCCAGCACCAGGCCCGGCUAGGGGAUGGGCAGGGCUCAAGAGCCUGCCCCUCACUGUGGCUGCUUGGGACUCCACGGGCCCAGGGGUUCUCAGGACCCCUCCCUCCGCCCCCCAGUGCUUCCAUGUCUCCAAAAGCGCCUUCCUGUCCCUCUCGUCUGUACCUGCACCUUGGGGCUGGGGUAGGUGAGGCCAAGAGGGACUGUCCAUUUUACAACUGAGGAAACAAGCCCAAAAAGGCUUAGAAAAAAUCUAAAACUGACCCUCUCUGAAAGGCUUCAUCAUGCCCCUCUCAAUCCCACCCUGCUCUGCCUCUGGGGUUCCCCUCAGCCCAAGAGGCUAAUUCCAAGAGAGCAGUGUUCCUGUGGGCAGGCGAGGGUCUCAGGACAGGUUUCCAGUCUGGCAGAAUUUGUGUGUGUGCGUGUGUGCCUGUGUAGAGUGUUUGCUUUUAAAACCAUGAAGAUCAAGAGGCAGCAAGACCAGGGUCGGAACCAGGGAGCAGGCUGGGAGGCCACUGCCCUUCUCCCAUCCGACCCUGGGCAGGGCUCCCAGCCCCCACCCCUGUACAUAACUUUUUGAAACAUUUUUUUAGCGAAUGAAAUAAUGAAGUAUAAGAUUUCCUUUUAUUUUUCAAAUCAAUGGGAAUGUGUCUGAGGUCCCCUGGGUCCCUGGGCUGUGGAAGGCAGGAUGCAGGGAAAACUGAAUAACUGAGUGCGUG